AUGGCGACCUACAUCAGCACAAAAGCGAAAUUGUUGUCGCUUGUAGAAGAAGCGGAAUCUUUAACGAAAGAAUUAUCUGAAAGUACUGGGGGCAGAACACAGAGACCAACGAAUCCAGAGGAACCACAGCUAAUUGAUGCGUUGGUCAAGAAAGAUGAAGAGAUUCGUGCAACACUUAAGCAAGCCGAGGCUCAGGGAGAAAGGCAAAAAGAAAUGGAACAAUUGCAGGAGCAGGUUGACAAGCGAGAUCAAGAUAUAAAGCAACUACAGAAGCAACUCAAAGAGGCUGAACACACUUUGGCAACUGCCAUAUACCAGGCCAAGGAAAAAUUGAAAGCUAUUGAACAAGCAAGUACACACAGUAUACCAGUGGAUGAUCUCAUCAAAUAUGCCCACCAUAUUAGUGCAACAAACUCAGUUACAGCACCAAUGAGUUGGGCGCCAGGAGAUCCAAGACGGCCGUACCCUACAGACAUGGAAAUGAGAAUGGGCAUCUUGGGUAAAAUGAGUAAUCUACCAACGGUCACAAAUGGUCAUCAAAAUGGAACUACAGAAGGUGCCACACCACUUGGUAUGCUUAACACAGCAUCAACACAUCCAUCAGGGUUGACAUGGCAACCGUCAACAGACAUGUCUUCGUCAACAUUGACACAUAACAAUGAGAGCAUAACGAACAUGGAUUUGAGUAUGGGUCCGAAUAAAGAUAACGAAGAUGAUGUUGAAAUCAUGUCAACUGAAUCAAGUAGUAGCAGCUCUAGUGACAGUCAAUAGCAUUCGUACCAAGGCGAGGUUGUUGCAAUUCACCAUUGAGUCAUCAAAGUACUGAUAUAAUGAAGUGAGGACUCAUCGAUACUGAGUAUGUCUCGUAGCCUGUCUUAGAAUAAUACUCUGAUUGGACCUAGUGUACAGAAGUGGUAUAUAAAAGACUGGCUAACAUUGAUGGUUUGAUAUUUCAGCAACAUUGAUAAAAAUAUCGAAGGUUUUAAGAUUCUGGUUUUAGAGCAAAACGUAUAAUAUAAUGUGUAUAUUUCAUAUGAGCAAUUUCGUUUUUGCUAUGGUGAUAUUUAUAAGAGCAUGAUGUUGAACUUUGCUCUGUAAUACAUACUGAGUAUGAAGUUAGGAGUGAGCAGAGCUUUCACUGAGACAAUUUAAGUGAUAUAUUAAAGGAAUGUUUUUAUUUCAAGAUAAGAGGGCAUGUUGAGAUUACAAUGGGCUUUUUUUUGCUUUAGAUGAAAUAAAUACCGCCAUCUAUAGUUCAUAAGACCUAUUUCUUUCUUUUUUUAGUCUCUAUUGAACAAAUUCUAAAACAGGGACUUCUGUUCAUUCAUAAUCAUACUUGGACUAAUUUUGUUAAAAGACAAGAAAUAUUGGUAUACAUGAAUAAUGUUUUGUCGAUCUUUGACUUGAUGUCUCUAGCUCAGCUUGGCCAUUGCGCAAAUCUUUUAUUAACCCAAAGUACCUAAUAUAAAUCUACAUACUUUUUACUAGCAGAUAUGGUUUUGUAAAUGUAACCAGUACACAGCUACCAUAUUUGGUCGUAUUAGAAGCACAUCUAUGAAAGUGUACAUAACCUGGAAAUUGCAUUAAAAUAUGAUUCAAUCAGACACAACGAAUACGCAACUAAUUGAGCAAAUAUCUGUAAAUGUUCUUCAUGCAGAACGCGAUGUACAUUUUUUAAAAAUUCAAAUGGAUAUGCCAAACAUCCAUACUAAAUUAAUUAAGGAUAUUCUUAACAAUUGGUUGUUCUUGAGUAGAUGAAACAAACCAUUUGGCCUGUUAGCUGCCAUGUGAUGAGGAGUGAAUUACAUUACCUGACAAUAGGCAAAUUAAAUUUUGCAAGCGAGAAAUCAACCUCCCAUUUCUAGCAUCUGAUGGUGCUGUAAUACCAGCUCCUUUGAGUUGAAUUUAACAUUCUGAUCACAUUUAUUACCUAGACUAAAUUUCUACUAGUCUUGAUCAAUUUUUUUUUCACAUUAUUUUGGUUUGUGAAAGGUUGUUUUUGGCAUUCUAAGAUUUACCUAAUCAAUGUUGUAAUGAUGAUGUCCCGUUGGCUAUCCAUGGAUGCUUCCAGAGGGCAAUGUGUUAAGCUUUAUGAAUAACAUAAACCAUGGUUUAUUAUUUGUAAAAUGAAAAGAAAGACAAACAGACAG